AAAAAAUUUAAAAUAUUUGAUCAAUAUAUAUUGUAAGGAAAGUUAAUAAUUAUUCAUACUGACGACAUAGUAUCACUUGUGGUAAACGAUAGAAGGACUCCAUUUACACGUAAAACAAUAAUUUAAUAUUUAGAUUUAACUUUACAACUAGUUGACAUUAACUACAUUUGUCUAAGCAAUUGUUCGAAGAAAUUUCAUUUAAUAUACAUCAUUCAAUUCGUAUGAAGAUCAUGAUGUGGAUGAUAGUAUUUAUUACUUGGAUUCUUGCUGUGUAUGCCCCAAUUCAAAUUCGCGGUGAAGUUGAAGACCCGACUGCUUUAGAUGACCAAGUGGAAAAUGGAUUAAAUGAUCAAAUUCUAACUGAGUAUGAGGCUUUUUAUAUUUAUGACCAUAUCGCGUCUUAUCUAUCUAGACCAGAGGUUGGAUUGUCAGGUUUCGCAAAAUUUUUCCGUGAAAGUGCAAACGAAGAAUUGGAGCAUGCACGUAAAUUCAGUGAAUUCGUCAAUAAACGAAACUCAAAGGUUGUCCUGAAAAAUAUUUUACUUGCAUCUUCAGGCGUACCAAUGGAUUUUAAAAAUAUUCAUGAAGUAAUUGAUACAGCAAUUAGAAAAGAACUUCAAGUCACUGCACAUAUCAAUGAACUGCAUAAAUUAGCAUCGCAAAUGAAUGAUGCGAUUACACAAGAUUUUUUGGACGAUUUUCUACAAGAACAGGUGAAUUCUGUUAGUAAACUAAGAGAAAUGCGUGCUCGACUACAUUUGGAUAAUAGUGCUGUUUACCUGAUGGAUAAAGAAUUUCGUUGAACUGGUAAUCUGUUUGCAGCAAUAAGAAUUUCUUUCUUUUAUUCUUCUUUAAAAUCUAUUGUUUAAAAAUGAUAAUGAUUUUCUGCAAUUAUAUGUAAAUUGUAGACGAGUAUCAUCCUUUUUUGUAUAAAAAAGGUUACACUGAUUUUACAUGUGCUUGAUCUGUCUUUUUAUUUGGAUGUGUUGAUAAGAUAUUAUCUUAAGUGAUUUGUUAAUCUGAUUUCCUUCAUAAUCUUAAACAUUUAAAUUCAAAUAGUAAUGAUAAAAAGUUGAUAUUUAUUUGACUAGUUUUAAAAAGAUGAUGAAUACGGUAUAAUAUUUGAUGUAUUCUUAAAGGUAAGGAAGAAAUCUGUAAGUAAUCGAUCUUAAGUAUUUGUCAGUGAGAUGAUAUUAUGAUCAUUAAAGAAGAUCGGUAAAGAUAAUAUGAUUUUAAUUGUUAGGAGUUAAUUGGAAUAAAACUAUAGAGCUCUAUACUAGGACAACACAAUUGUUUGGUGGAUCCUGGUUUUAAAUAGCAGUUUAGCUACAGCUAUUUAACAACUUAAAUUGCAAACACUGUAAAUUUAGGAUAGUUUUUUCCAGUAGUAUGUACAUGGAGAAAACUACAAACAAUAAGACAUUGCAAAUAACUCUUAGACAGAUUAACUGAAUUCUAAAACUACUCGUAAUGUUGAAAAUUACCACCUUCAAUUUGUAAACUUGAAAAGUAGAUAUAGAAAUUUGACAUUCACUUCUGACAUGAGCCGUAUUUUAGCACCCCAAGGAAACAGUGAAUACGUUCAUCACCCGUUUAUCCAUGGAGACGAUGGAUUCGGAGUCUUGUCUCACUAGUUGCUUCACUAAUGCAUUGGAUCUUAAUGAAUAGUUGUACUCAUGCUGUCAAUCUAAAAGUCUGAUAUGUUUACUAAAUAGAUUUUCGUUGGACUCAAAAAGUAGAUAAUUUUUUAGUGGUAUUUGUUCAACGUGCUUGAGUAAUUACUUGGGGUGCCAAUGUACUACUUAAUACUUACCCAAGUAGCUUAAAUAGACUUCUCAUUGUUACGGUAGAUUUCAUCACAUACUAAUGUUCGAAGAUAGAAAUAUUUGACAGUAUUUCAUUUCAGUCAGUCCGUACUUAACUAUAAACGCCCAUACAGAAUAUUUACUAUCUCCGCUUUUGUUCAAUUUCAUCGUGGACCUAUUAAAUUUUCUGGAAUCCACCGCCUUCCAGGCGGUCCACUUAUUGACUUAGAAUGCACACAUGAAAUACAGUCUUUUGGUAGCACUGAACAGCAAUGCCAGGAUGUUUGAGAUGCGUUUCUCCCCCUUCUAGAUGUAAACAGUCGCUUCAGAAGUGGUCUGCGUCAACGCCUGAAAUAAGGAUAGGAAGUGAAGUAGUAGAACGCGUCAACAACUUCACUUGAAAGUCUGAUCAGUAGUAAUGGGUUGGUGUCUGAUGAAAUCUCUGCACGCACUCAAAAAGCUCAUUUGGCUUUUGAAAAGCUACGUCACCUAUAGCGAAGGUGAGAUAUCCGUCUAUCAAUUAAAAGGCAGCAAUCCUUUCUGUUUUACUUUACAACUGCGAAACGUGGCUAGUAGGAGUAGAGGAUACUAGUAUUUGAUCACAAAUGUCUUAGAAAUAUUGCUCGCACCUGUUGGGAUCACCGGGUACGUAAUAUUGAAGUUAGACGCAGGGUGUUAGGGAAUGACGGUAAAUCAGUUAAUGAGGUUGUGAAUCUUCACCGACUGAGAUGGUUGGGCCACGUGUUACGUAUGCUUAAACACCGACUACCACGACGCGAAAUGCUGAC